AUGACUUCCAUGCUCGACAACAUUCCCAUAGGAACUAACAAUGACAAAUAUAGCAGCCCUUACGAGAAGCUUCAAAGUUGUAUGUUAUUUGCUGCUACAGUCACAGUUAUCGCGCUGAUGAUCACAACAAUGGCUAUAAUCAUAUUUUGCGCGUGGCGAAUCACAGCUGCCGUCAAGAAAAAUUCAUGUGUCACCACUCGUCGUCUCGAUCUGCAGUUGCGCAGAACACUGUUCGCACAGGCAGCUUCACCGCUUCUCCUGCUGCAUCUACCCUUCUAUAUCUCAGUGCUCGCACCACUGUUCGAUGCCAGAACUGGAGAAGUGUCAAAUUAUUUCCCAUUCCUUUUCUCAUGGUGUCCAGUCAUCAAUCCUCUGAUAACGCUCUAUUUUGUCAAAGAUUUUAGACUGUUUGUUCUUGGCAUAUUCAUGAGAAAGAAGAUAGCAACACCACCAUCGACAACUCUUAGGACGAAAAAUGCGUUUUGUAAAUAA